AUGAGUGAUUUUAAAGAUAUAAAUAAGAAUUAUCUAGAAGAUUUAGUUCCGUUUCUUAAUUCAUAUAAAUGGAUGUUUAAAACACUAAAUACACAAUACAUUAACGAAGAUGUGAUAAUUGAGAAUAAAUGUUUCUUAGAGAGUUUAAAUCAUCCGGAUUUAAAUAAUUUUCCCGAACUGAGUGAAUCACGAAAUAAUUUCCCCAAGUUCCUGAAAGAAUUCAUAGAACAUGUUAAUAGAUUCAAAAUAUUCUACGACAUUCUAGAGACAGACUCUUGGAAGAUAACACCGAUCAAAAAGAUGAGCAUAAAGAAGCAAUAUGAAAUCGAAAAUGUUUCGAAAGUAAUUUAUUCGGUUUGUGGUGAUAAAGUGACGCAACUAAUUGAUUUUGGAUGUGGUGUUGGAUACUUGGCUCAGUACAUGUUUGAUAAGUUUAAUUACAAAGUUCUUGGACUGGAAUACGAAGAAGAUAGAGUUUUGAAGGCGAGAGAGCGGCAAGAAAAAUAUUUUCCAAACUCAAAAGGAUGUGUGAAGUUUGAACAACAUUUCAUCACCAUGAACUCUGCAAACUUUCUUAUAAACCAAUUUGAAGGCAACGAAAUGCCUCUUGCAAUAUUUGGUCUUCAUGGAUGUGGCGAUUUAACAAUUACAGCGAUUAAACUUUUUCUUGACAUCGAAAGAGUAAAUAAACUGAUUUUCAUACCGUGUUGUUAUCACAAAAUGACACCGAAAACAUCUGAUAAAAAUGAAUUUAAUUACUUUCCACUAAGCCAUGAACUAAAGUCAGUUCUAAAAAACUAUCCGAUAUUCCUUAAUCGACCGUUUCUCAGACUCGCCGGUCAACAAUCUCCAGCCAAGUGGAAGGAAAUGUCAAAAGAAGACCAUUGGACUCAUGGUAAAAAUAUGUUUGAACGAGCUUUAGUAGAAGCGCUGAUAAAGCAAGAUGAGACGACUAAACGAAUUAAUAACAUCAGCAUUCCCGAAAAUCGCGUCACAAUGAACGAUAUUAUUAUGAAAUAUCAAUUACUGGAAAAAACGAGUGGAAGAUCAAAAGAAUGGUCUGACGAGCACAAAGAAAGAUUUAAAAAUUUGAGACAAAAAUAUCCAAAUGGUGAAGAACUAAGUGAAAAUCUAUUUUGCUUUCAAACGACGAUACAGAACAAUUGUGAGAAUCUCGUCUUAAUUGAUCGCAUUCGUUACAUCGAAGAGAUUGGAAAACUUAGGAAUUUAAAUUUAAACAUCUCUGUAAAGAAGCUUCAAAACGAUAAACUUUCACCUCGCUGCUUAAUUUUGAUUGUUGAGAAGGAAUUUCAUUCAUGA